GACUAUUGCUCUCUCGCCCCUUUGCUUAUGCUAAAGAUGCAGUAGCAGUCGGCGAUGUGGGUCGCCCCUGCAAUUGUAAAGUGCACCAAGAAGAAGCUCGUCUCUUCCUCCACCUCCUUCCCUAAACCCAAAUUCCUCUCUGCCUACGCCGCCGCGUGUCUCCUCGACUCCUCCGACCCUCCCGACGUUCCCUGGUUCGACUCUCCCGCUUCCGUCGCCUCCGAGGUGAACCGGCUUAAGCACGACCCCGACCGCGCCUUCUCCUUCUUUCGUCACUUGGAUUCCUGUGGCUUCCCUCUCGACCCCCUUGCUUAUGCCUCCUUCAUCUCCAUCCUCUCCCCCUUCGCCUCCCGCUCCCGCCUCGAUUUCGUCUUCUCCCGCUUCAUCGCCUCCUUCCAUGCCGCACGGUGCUCUGCUAUUCCCUCCUUGCUUGAUUCUCUUUUCCUGCUGGGCGGGCCCCCUCUCCUCCUUCGGUCCAGCGAUUUUCUCGUUAAGGCCUAUGUCCGGGCUGGCCUCUUUGAUGAUGCUAUCGAUUCCUUGUUUGCCUUCAAGAGGGGCAGACUCCUUCCCGGCGUCUUCACCUGUAAUUUCCUUCUCAACAGCUUAAUCAAGAGCGGCAAUGCCGCUGCCGCCAUUACUUUGUACAAGAUGUUGAAGCUGCUCGAUUUUGUUCCCAACGACUACACGUAUACGAUCUUGAUCAAGGCCCUCUGCCGGACUGGUGACUUGGAUGGAGCAACUGGUGUGUUCCAGGACAUGGUUGAAGCUGGCGUCACCCCUAAUAGCUUUGCUUAUACUAUUUACCUCGAGGGGCUCUGCACCCUCCGCAGCUCCCAUUCGGCUUAUGAGGCUCUGAUCAAUUGGCGGGAUGUUGGAAUCUCUAUGAGUAACUACGCGUAUACUGCAGUUCUCCGCGGUUUUUGCGCUGAAAAAAAGUUGGAAGAGGCGGAGCAAGUCCUGAUCGAUAUGGAAGAGCAUGGCAUUGCCCCUGAUGUCUACUGCUAUGCUGCCUUGAUUCGUGGCCACUGCAGGAGUUUCAAUUUGCAGCGAGCCUUGGAAAUCCACGAUCAUAUGCUGUCAAAAGGUAUCAAGUCCAACUGCUUUUUCAUGACCAUCAUUCUCCAGUGCGUUUGUGAUAUGGGCAUGUUUGAUGAGGCAGUGCAUCAGUUUAAUGAAAUCAAACAGUCGGGCAUUUUUCUGGACAAUGUUACAUAUAAUAUUGCUGUCGAUGCACUGUGCAAGCUGGGCAGAAUGGAAGCGGCCGUAGAGUUAAUUGAAGAGAUGGAGGGCAAGGGGAUGGUUCUUGAUAUCAGGCACUGGACAAGUUUAAUCGGUGGCUAUUGUCUUCAGGGCGACUUUGACAAUGUCUUGAAAGUGCUUGAGCAGAUGAAGGAGAGAGGGAUUCAGCCUGAUAUUGUCACUUACAAUGUACUUGCCCACGGAUAUUCUCGGGCAGGACUUGUAUGUGAGGCUCAUGAGCUUCUAAGUUAUAUGGACACUUGCGGUGAGAAACCCAAUGUGGUCACAUACAACAUGAUAAUUGGGGGCUUAUGUAUGUCAGGUAAAGUGGAGGAAGCUGAAGCGUUUUUCUCUGGCCUGCAAGAGAAGAGCAUAGAAAAUAAAGCUGCCAUGUUCAAGGGGUAUUGCCAAGCCAACCAUUCGGGAAAGGCAUUUACACUUUUCAUGGAGUUAUCAGAAGCCGAAAAAAAAUCGAUAAAGAAAAAUUCCUGUUUCGAAUUGCUAGCUGACCUUUUUGUUGAAGGUGAUCAUGUUAGGGCUCAUGAAUUACUCAACAAAAUGUUGGAUCUGGACAUGGAACCGACUAGAGUGAUGUACAAGAUUUUAAUGGCUACUCUUUGCAAAGCUGGCGAUAUGAGAAAUGCGCAGCGGUUGUUUGUUAGAUCGAUGCAGAAGGGAUCAACACCUGAUGUUGCCACUUACACGUUAAUGAUGGAUGGAUACUUUCAUGCAAAUUGCUUGCCGAAAGUGCGUGAUCUUUUCCAUGAAAUGAAGAAUAGAGGGGUCGAGCUUGAUGUAAUCGCUUAUACAGUGUUAUUUGAUGGUUAUUCAAAAGUAACAAAAAAAUUAACCGUUGAUUCCGAAGCAGAUAAUGUCAUCAAAAGGCUUUGGCUAGAGAUGGAAGACAAGAAAAAAGCACCUGAUUUAAAGUGUUACACAGUUCUGAUUGACAGGCAUUGUAAGCUUGGCAACAUUGAGGAAGCUGAGGAUUUACUGAGGAGAAUGAUUGAAAGUGGGAUUCAGCCAGAUGUGGUAACUUACACAUCUCUUAUAUCUGGCUGCAUUAGUAGUGGAAACAUGGAAAGGGCUAAUUAUCUUUAUAAAGAAAUGUUGUUCAGGGGAAUAGAACCUGAUAUGCGCACCAAGCGGACCAUCUCUGUUUUAGAGUCUGCUGAACUUGAAUCGUGAAAAGUGCAGAUAUUGACUCGAGUAAGUGACAAAAUCAAAAGAUACUAGGUGCUAAUCUCAUAGUGCUUCAGCCACCAAGAGCACUAGAAGAGCGUCUUUCCUUAAAUGUGGCAGGACUACUGAAUAGGGAGCAGAAGUAUUUUGCAUAUUCGUCAAAAUGCUGGUGGAUUUAGACCUUGGAAAUUAUGAAAGAUUUCUUGACAUCACUUUAAAUCAGGAUAAUAACAUCACAAAUGGAAAAAUCUAUCAGGUAUGCACCUCUUCAAUUUCUUGCAUUUUGUAUAUGGACGGCUUUGAGAAUCAAGCAAUGCACCUUCCCAAACUUAACCUAUUUGUUGGUGUUUUAACAGUCAGUUCUUGACAAGGAGAGAUUUUGCUGUGAGCCAUUGCUUGAUAUAAGUAAAUUUGCUCAAGGGUUUUCGUGGAAACAUUGUUGUUUACCCACCUAAACAUUCUUGCAGGAGCUGGUAACUCCUGCUUGAUUCAUGUCAGCCUUGUUCCUGUACUCAAUGUUGUUGGCGAACAGGUAUCUUUGUUAGGAUCAGUUUGUCAAUGGACUGAUUUCUUAAGAUGCUAGAUGUAGAUCGAGUAACUAGAAGUGUUCCUGAAUUUUGUCCUUAGCAUGCUAACCAUAGCCUCUAUGAUACUGUCCUGCAGAAAACAAAGCCUACCCAGCAUAGCGUCCGAGGUCUUAGAGGACUGGGUUUGACCUCAAAUAUUCUAGCUUGUAGAAGUGAAAAGCUUUGUAAGAACCUGGAGUUGGAGGAAUGGACUGCUCGUACAAAUGUUUGUGACCAGUUGUGUGAUACGGUAUAAAUGGCUGUGGUAGGAAAAUACUUAGGGCUGUCAGAUUCUUGUUUCUGUGUUGAUGGAAUGCGCGGUCUGUCCAUAAUGACAGAUUUAUUUAUCAAAAAUAUGCUCGCAGAAUCUAUUUGUGCAGUGUAGUGCUUGGAAGUUGUGUUGUACAACU